UCCGGAGAGCUGACUCUGACCUUGACCCUGACCCUGACCUUGGCCUCCCUGCUCCCUCGGCCCCCGACUCCAGUCUGUCCCCUGUGUCCCCCGGACCCGUUUCCUUUUAACUCCAUUUUCCCUUCUCUGCCCCUGGAGCUCCACCUGUCCUUCUGGUCCAGAGUCCCUGCUCCACCCCAACCACUCCCCCCACGUGACCCAGGCUGGUUCCCAGCCUCUCCCUCUGGUGUCCAUCCCUGUAUCCUUCUCACCCCCACCCUCCACCCCCGGCCCUUGCCAAUGGCAUCCUCAGACCUGGCAGGGGAUCUGAGGGCCCUGCUGGGGGGUCAGGGGCUGCCGGUGCUGGACUAUGACUCUGUGCCCCUAAAGGUGUCACCUGUGCCCGUGCAGCUCAGGAAGAAUGUCUCCUAUAUCGUGCUGGCUGUCUUCUUCAACGACCAGGGUGAAGUGUUAAUGAUCCAGGAAGCCAAAAGAGAGUGCCAUGGGUCUUGGUAUCUGCCUGCUGGGAGAAUGGAGCCUGGGGAAACCAUUCUGGAGGCACUGAGACGGGAGGUGAAGGAGGAGGCAGGCCUGGAGUGUGAGCCAUUGACGCUGCUGGCAGUGGAGGAGCGAGGUCCCCGCUGGAUCCGCUUUGCUUUCCUGGCCCGUCCCACAGGUGGGAUCCUCAAGACUUCCGAGGAGGCAGAUAAGGAGUCCCUGCAAGCUGGCUGGUACCCUCAAGCCUCCUUGCCCACCCCGCUUCGUUCCCAUGACAUCCUGCCCCUCAUAAAACUGGGUUCCCACUAUUACCAACGAGCUAAACACCCUCCUACUCUGCCCCAAGAGCUUCCCUGCAAGCUUAUCUGCCAGCGGCUUAUAACUGCCUUUACCAGUGCCAAGAAUAUAUGGGUGUUGGCGGGUACACAAGGCAGUCUCCAUUUGCCCAUCACAGCCUGUGGACUCACCCCAUCAGAGCAGAAUAGCAGCAUUGUGGUGUCUGUGUUUCGACUCCUACAACAGUGCUUGACACUGUCCCAGUUGACAGUGAAGACCCAGGGGAUACUGGGGCUGCAGCAUCUGGGCAAGAACCAGGCUGAUGGUAUCUGCCUGAAUGUGCUAGUAACAGUGGCCUAUAAAAACCCAGGUAGCCUCAACAAACCACCCGAGAUCCAAGGAAGCAACUUCUGCUGGUGGCAGGUGGAAGAGGAAGACGUGCGAAGCCACCUCCUAAAGAGACUCCAUGAGGUGUCUGUUGUCCCAAUCCACAGUUAGCUGAGCUGCCUGGAAAUGUGAGCACACUUCUAGGCACCGAUACCACCCGACAGCUAUUGUUUGAAACUUCUAGGAUGCCUGAGAGUUGAGCUCACAGAGAUCUUUCAGGGGGUGAAGAGGGGCCUCUGGGUUCUCAGGCCACCAUCUUCCUUCCAGCCCAUAGUGCUGCUCUUUGCUUGCCAAGAGGGACAAUGACUGAACUUGGGUAGAGCUCGGAGCCCAAAGACUGGUCACCUAAGGCAAACUGAAAGCCUACCCAUCCUAGAACCCAAGACUAUUAGAACAGCUUGGCUGCAGGUGCGAUCAUGCCUACUUGUCUCGAGUGGCCACUUUGCCGAUGGUAACGUCUUUAUCUUCUUCCACAGUGCCGAAGCCUGUGUGUGCCAGCGGACAAGUAAAAGGGAGGCCCCCCUGCCACCCAGUGCUGCAGUGUGCCCUCCUCCUGAGCAAGCAGGUGUCUGGGUCAUUUCUUGUGCAAAACCAGUUCUAUACAAUAUAAACCUCUACACCUGGCAAUCUAAGGCCUUUUACAGUCUGAUUUGUACUUCUGCUUGGAGCCUUAUUUCGUGCUUGUUCCCUUCAUGGAGUCUACAUUCCAGCCAUACUGGACCACUAGCUCUUGUGGAAAUCGUCUCCCACCUUUGUGUAUUCACAUGAGUUCUCCUCUAUGCUUCAAAUUCACUUCCUCAUGUCCAGUUCUCGGGACCUUUGAUGACUGCGUAGAUAAGUUCGGGUGCCUCCUUCUCUGUGAAAGUCACUGACUUCCCCGCUUAAUUCUCUCAAUUUUACCUUGUGUUAUGUUUCUGUAUCCAUCUAUCCCUACAUUAGAAUGUAAGCUCUUUGAGGACAGUGACAGUUUUUUUCCCUUUAUGUCCCUGACACUUAGUAUACAAGUAAGUAUAUAUGUCAAAUAAAUGUUUUAUGAAUUCCCCUUGA